UCCGAGGCUCCGCACCGGUUCCCAACUGAUCGGGAAGAAGACACGAAGGGGGUGGAACUUCCUGACCUGACGCUGGCGCCUCUGUCGCUAGGGACGCUUCGGCUAAGGCAACAAGAUGGACCAGGAAGAGAGGCUGACGGCCGUGGACAACAUAGUCACUCAGUUCAACACCUAUGAAGAUUUCCUCGACUCGCAGAUCACUUCCGUGGACCUGUACUACCUGGAGGAUGAAGGCCUGGCUCGCCAGUUGGUGGAGCUAGGCUACCGGGGGACCGGAGAGGUGGUGAAAAGGGAAGAUUUUGAAGCAAGGAAGGCAGCUAUAGAGAUUGCAAGGCUGGCUGAAAGAACUCAGAAAAAGACAUUAACAAGUGCUGGUAAAGACCUGCAAGAUAAUUUUCUGAAGGCUCUGGCAGUGAGAGAAGAAGACAAUCACAAUGGAAAAGUGAGCACCGUGAUCUUUAUUCGUGACAAAAACUCACAUGGGCAGGAAGUGUCAGGAUACAUUGACUAUGCCCACAGACUAAAGAUUGAAGAUUUUGAAGUCUAUUUUAGUGGAAAAAGAAGACUUCUUCCAAAACCCACAGAUAUGAGCUUUUACAACUGGGACAGUCAUAUUGCUGUUUGGAAUUCAACUCCCAAUUAUCAAGUGAUUGCUGAUAAUCUACAAGGCUUACUUUUCAAAUACAAAAGAGACAGAAAAAUUCUCAAUGUGGAUCCAAAGGUUUCCCCAGGUGACAACUCUACUAGAAUCCCUAUCCAGACAGACCUCUACAUUCAAGCUGUCAUUUUUGACCACAUUUCCAGAAGAAAGACUUAACUACCAACAUGUUAGAUGGCCCCCCUAAUGGGCUUGCUAAAUUUAAAUGAAUGCUGUAACCAGAAGCAAAUUAGAAUAAUAAAUGAGCUCUGUAGCUGGAAGGCAAAUUAGAAUAAUAAAAGUUGAUAAAGAAAUUAGAAAGAAAACCAUAAUCUUGACUAUCUUUGUGUGGUAUAGAUAUUAAUCCCGUUUGAGUUUUUUUUUUAAUUUUUUACCCUAAAUACUGAAGCUGACUGCAACAGUUCAUGGGAGAGAAUCUUCUUGCUACUUUAAAGAUAGAGUAAUUAGUGACUAUAUUGUAACUCAGAUCUUCCAAAACAAAAAUGUUCCAGGUCUUACUGUUGCCAAAUAUAGUGGACCAAAACUCAUACCAUGUGGCAGUGCUGUCUACUAAAUUUGUUGAAUAUCGAUAAGAGGUCUGAAAUUGAAGAACAAGAGUAAAAAAAUAUAAAUACAAAGUUUUCAAUAGACCUAAAUGAGUAAAUAAAUUCUGAAAUGUCCCAUGACAUGAUGUAUAAAAUGAAUGAAGUGUUUGAUAUGUUUAUGUGCCUGGACAAUAUGAACCCCAUGACAAUGAAAUCUAAGAGAAACUGAAAGAUUUUAGAGAAGUGAGGACUUCAUUAGAGAAAAGCAUGCUUUCCUAAUGUGCCCUUGCAGGUGGCUUUUGUGCAGAAAAGAUAUUAUUCAGAGGUCACUUGUGGUUUAACAAUUAAUAUUAGUUUCUUCCUCUUCUUUCUAUUCUCUUCCCAUUCUAAACAACCUAGUACUAAGGCAAUCAGCUGGGCCAAGCAAGGUAGAAAUCUGCUCACUAUGUGGGAAUGGGAAAGCCCAGAGCAGAGUGUCAGAGUUCCAAUGGGGUGAGCAAGGUGUAUUCAGCAGGAAACUGAUGGCCCGACAUGAGAUGGUAGAUCCACUCAGAAUGAGUAGAGUCGUGUUAAAUUAGAAUGGGAUAUUUUGGUGUGAUCUUAUCAUUUUCAAUAUAUACAACAGAUACAGAAUGUAUGUUAAUGUAUGUACAUAUACAUCUUCCCUCACUCAGUUCAAAGAGAGGGCCUCAAAGCAACAACACCCUAUAUGGAUGAGCACAUAUAGCACCCAGAUCUUAGUUUGUCACCACCAUUUUCUACCAAAAGGAAAUAGCGAUCCUUGGGAAAAUGUCCUGGGCUGAGACAGGGAAAAUACAAAGGCUAGAAUAUUUUUUUUGUACCAGAAAUCAAAGAAGUUCUUGAAAAAUGAAGGGGAUUUGUCAAAAGAAUAAUGAAUCCACCUUGGAAACGUUCCCAUUGGCCAAACCUGAGAAAGGUUGGGCAUCAAAAUAAUGAAAACAACAGAAAGCAGGAAAUUAUGAGCCCAUAAGGAUCCACAGAAAGGAAUAAAAGCAAAGUUUGAUGAAGAACAGGAUAUUUACAUAGUAUCUCCCACAAAACAUGUAUUAGUUAUAGAGGGAAUGGUGGAAAAACCUGGAAGACACCACUUUCAAAAAGUGAUCAAAGAGAAUGUGUUUAGUAAUGAGGCAAACUAAAUUUGUUCCCCACCAAGUAAUAUGAACACAGGAACUCCUCAUCACUUUUGUAAUAAUCCUGCCAAAUUUACAUAACCUGAAUAUAACCAAGAGAAAACUCAGGAAAAAAAAAAUCUGUGGACAUUAUGCAAAAUAACUGGCCUGAGAUCUUCAAGGAGUCAAGUUCUUGAAAACAGAAGACUGAGAAACUGUCUCAGAUUGAAGGAAACUAGAGACACGUGAUCAUCAAAUGCAACCCAUGAUUCUGAAUUACAUUCUUAUCCUAUAAAGGGGAUUUGGGGACAAUUGGUGAAAUUAGAAUUUUUCUGAAGAUGAGUAAUGUAAAAUGUAGUAAUGUAAAAUGUCUAUGUCCUACUUUUGAUGAUUAUGUUGUGGUUAUAUGAGAAAAUAUCCUUGAUUUUGGGAAAUUACACUAAAGCAUUUGGGAAUCAACAGUCAUCAUGUCAGCAAAUUAUUUAUCAAUAUUUCGGGGGGAAAAGUUCUUUGUGCUAUACUAUUUCUGUAAUUCUGAGAUUAUUUUGAAAUAAAGUAAGUAUUUGAUUUAUUACAUUUAUAAAUUCAAAACUCUAGUUACUUAUAUUCUAAGUAUUUGCAUAAAUUUUAUUGUUCUAUCUAUAGACAGUGAAAUUUUUUACUGUCAUUUUAUGAGUUCUUUUAUAGUUUAAUUAAAUUUCUUUAAAUAUUUUAAAUUUUAUUUGUGAUCUCCAUUACAUUCAAUUUUCUAAUUAUUUCAAAAUUUAACUAGCAAAUAAGCCUUCAUAUACAUAUACAUAACUCUUGUAAGUUUAAUAAUUUAAAUGUAUAAAUAUAAAGACUCAUGUUCUCUUAAAAGUUUCAGUAUGGUUUGUAAAUUUAUAAAACUUAAUUGAAAUCAUGUCUAAAUUAAUUAUUCAAAUAUCACAAUUUAAAUUGGAGAGUAUAUGCCAGUGUUUCAUAAAUGUUUUAACUAUUUUAAAUAUUUUUAAGUAUGGGUAUUUAUAAAAUAUUUAAAAUACUUAAUAUAUUUACAGACUAUUCCUAUCAUUAAUCCCAAGGUCUAAGACUCUAAAAAAUCAAUUAUUUCAUCACAAAUAAUUUUUUACAUUAGCUUCUGAACUGAAUUUACUUCUAGUAAGUACUGCAUGGAGAUUUGAGUUGGAUUAUGGGAUGUGUUCAUUUGCUAGGGCUGCCUUAACAAAAUACCAGAGAUUGGGUGGUUGAAACAACAUAAAUUUAUUUUCUUAAAUUUCCAGAGACUGGAACCAAGAUUAAGGUGUCAGCAGGUUUGAUUUAUGCUGAGGCCUCUCUCUUUACUUGCAGAUGGCAUCUUUCUUGCUAUUUCUUCUCAUGGUCUCAUCUGUGUAGGUAUCUCUGGUGUCUGUUCACAUAGCAAAAUUUCGUCUUAUGAGAACACCAGAUUGGAUUAGAGUCCACCCUAAUGACCCCAUCUUAAUUUAUCUCUUUCAAAGGCUGUCUCAAAGUACAGUCACAUUCUGAGGGACUGGGGGAUAAGACCUCAACCAUGAAUUCUGUAGGGAUACGAUUCACCCCUUACCUUGGGAUGUAGACCAAAAAUAUCCAGGAUAUUUUUCUCAUGAUUAGACCCUUUCAGCCAAUGCUAAGCCACGUCUAGACCUCUGAGGGUUCCAAUGUCAUGCCUUUCAAAUGUGGGUUGCCUUGCUGUAUAAGAGCCUUGGAUUCACAUAUUGUUGUACCUGAUUUUACAGUCUGCUUUGAGUUUAUAGCAUCCACCCAGGUCAACUGAAAUUCAGUGAAUCUAUGUAAGGUUUCAUUCUGUUUUUGCAUUGUUUUCAUAUUUCUAUCUGCAGAGUCACAACACCUAUAAAUAUUUAAGUGGCAUCUGACUGUAUCCAGUAUAUUUCUCAUGUCUUAUUUUGCUCUGAGGUCAUAGUUCUGACGUCAAACUAAUGCAAUUAUUGGAGGCUAGAAAUUCCCUUCAUGGAAGCUCAUUAAGGUGACUUAAACCCAGUAAAGAAUAGAGAGCAAUUAGAGAACUGUUAUGUUUGAGUACAGGAUACACUAAGAAAGUAAUUUAACCUGAUACUAACAGUGAAAUGCAGGGCCAAAGAAAGGGAAUAUGUGAAAUGUAUGUGAGAAUCAGCAGAAGAGCAGUGCGCCAAAGACACAGGACCAAAGAAUGAGCAAGCCGACCAAAAGGAAAUGAAACAAGAAAUUGAGCAAUGCAAUAAAAAGUAAAGAGCAUUAAGAACCAGACUAUUUGGCAAACUGAUGAUGGUAAUUGGCCAAAUCACUUUAUCUCUCCAGAUUCUGGCUCUUGAAGGUCUCUUCAAAAUCCAAAACAUCUAUGAUUUCCCUUGCUGUUUUUCUAAUCUAUUUAUAGACUCCCUCAGCUGAAUAGAAUAGCUUUGUAAGUUAAGUGUAAUUUUCUCCAAAUGACAGUUUAAGUGUAUUAUCCAAGACUCUGCUUGCAAGUGACAGAAAUCCAAUUUGAAUCGUUAUUAUAAAAACAUGGAGGUGUCUCCCAGAGCUAAAGAAAGGAAUAUGUCUGAAUCCUAGGAAAAAUCAUAUAAUCAUAAUCAAAGUUGAACACUAUGGGAACUACUGCUCUAUCUCAUUAUUGUGUUCCUCGGUGCAUCAUUUUUCUCUUCCAACAGAACUGCCUUUCAACAGACACACAACUUCC